AUGAAAUGUCACGGUGAAUGUCUCAAACAACUGAAAGAGACACUUAACAACCAGUUCAUCCGAGUUACUAAACAGCUUAGAGUUAAGCCAAUCGAAAAUAACCUGUCCCAAAAACCCGUCGACGCCCCUUUCCUUUGCGCUUUUCCAACCAACCUCUCAUCAACUUUGCAAAGGCCAUCACCGCUUCUUCUACCCACCCAUCACGACACCUGGAGCAACGUUCAACGUCUGUUUCUCAACACACGAUAUCUGUCGUAUUCAUCAUCACCUAAGCUUUUCCUCUUAUCUUCGUCACGAAAUAACGGACCUUUUUUUAAAGAAGAUUAA